AGUAGGGUAGAAGACAGGAAGAAACGGCUUCCUUUUAGCGUCUACAACUGCCACCCAUUAACCAUACACCAUACCAUACAGCCACCCACACAUAAACACAAACACACACUACUCACCCUUCCCUCCCCUCCGCACAGCGCAACCCUUCGUUCGGUCUCUCCUGUCUCUUCCAAUCCAAUACUCUCUCUAAAUUCAUUGAUUUGGGGAUUCUCAUAGCCCUCUCCAUCUGGGUUUUCUCAUUCAUAGACAAACCCAUCCCGAUCUCCGAUUUUCCGAUCGAUUUCUGGUGGGUUUGUGCAGUGAAGUGUCUGACUUUUUCGGCGACUUCAAGUUUUUUCUGGGUUUCAGUGAGUGAUUGUAGUGUGUGUGUGUGUGUGUGUGUGAGAGAGAGAGAGAGAGAGAGAGAGAGAGAGAGAGAGAUGUGGGGUCUAUCUAGAUUUUCCGAGAAAGUGUAUAUGAUGGCGGAAGGAGGAUCUCAUUACUGUUCUAAGAAGACAGACGAUAUCUGCUGUGAUGGUUGCGAUGAGGAACCGGGCAGAGUGUUGAGCAUGUCGAGGCUGCGAUGUAUUCUUCGAGGACUGGAUUUGAAAAUUUACAUCUUUCUAUUUAUUAUGGUUCCGACAUGCAUCUGUGUUGGAUAUUUGCAUGGGCAAAAGAUCUCAUACUUCUUGCGGCCACUGUGGGAAUCGCCACCCAAGCCCUUCAUUGAAAUGCCUCACUAUUAUCACGAGAACGUUUCCAUGGAGCACCUUUGUAGACUACAUGGGUGGGGAAUUCGUGAGUACCCACGACGUGUUUUCGAUGCAGUCUUGUUUAGUAAUGAACUUGAGAUUCUCACCAUAAGAUGGAAAGAAUUAUACCCUUACAUAACAGGUUUUGUUCUCCUCGAGUCAAACUCAACCUUCACUGGAAUUCCAAAGCCUCGGGUUUUUGAAAACAAUCGAGAUCAAUUCAAAUUCAUCGAGCCACGUUUGACGUAUGGGAAAAUUCCGGGGAGAUCGAGGAAAGGGGAAAACCCAUUCAUUGAGGAGGCAUAUCAGCGCCUAGCGUUGGAUCAUCUUCUCAAACUAGCAGGUAUAACAGAUGAUGACUUGUUGAUAAUGUCAGAUGUUGAUGAGAUACCAAGUCGACACACUAUUGAUCUCUUGAGGUGGUGUGACGACAUACCCCCGAUCGUCCAUCUUCGUUUGAAGAAUUAUCUCUACUCUUUUGAGUUUCUUGUCGAUAAUAAUAGUUGGAGAGCUUCGAUCCACAAGUAUGAAUCCGGUAAGACUCGGUAUGCACAUUAUCGCCAAUCUGAUGUGAUCUUAGCCGAUGCAGGGUGGCAUUGUAGCUUUUGUUUUCGCCAUAUCCAUGAAUUCGUAUUCAAAAUGAAAGCAUAUAGUCAUUUUGACAGAGUGAGGUUCUCUCAUUACUUGAACCCUAAUAGAGUUCAGAAAGUGAUCUGCAAAGGGGCUGACUUAUUUGAUAUGCUGCCCGAGGAGUAUACAUUCAAGGAAAUCAUCGGAAAGAUGGGACCCAUUCCCCGUUCAUACUCAGCCGUUCAUCUUCCCUCAUAUCUUUUGGAAAAUGCUGAUGAGUAUAAAUUUCUCUUGCCUGGGAAUUGUUUAAGAGAAACUGGGCAGAUAUAGCGCCAGCUCCGGAGGAGUUUUUCUGAAUCGAUGACUGAGCUGCUGUAUAUGUCAGUAGGUAUUUAUCAUUCUUUCAGAAAUGUUUGGAAAAUUGGAUGAGUUCUUGGAUUCCUGGGGUGAAAUCUGUAGAUAACUUUCUCCUUAGAGUUGGUCUUCAUUGGAGACGGAACAUAUGUAUUUGCAUUGUUAUGCAUAACCCCCAAGCCCAAAGAAGAUAUGUGACUGUUCUUGGGCUUACCUCACGUUAGGAAAUUUUGAUUUGCGACUAAUCUAUGCAUAUAUUUUUGCAAAUUGUGCUGUUAUUUAA